GUAGUCUCCCAACACAUCAAUAAUUGCAGUUUUUCUCCACAGGAUAACUGUCAAGAUUGUAUAAAAUUUUCUGACAUGAAAGGUCAUACUUAUCUGCUCCAAGAAUGGGAAUCUCUGCUCCAAAACCUCUUGUUCCCUGCGACAAGAGUUGCUCUUAAUCGCCACCUGGCAGUUCCACCACUGUUUAUUUUAUAAAACUUGUAUUUGUAAUUUAUACCUUAACUCCGGAUUUACUACAUAAUCCGGCAUGACAGAAAAAGUGAGCCCGACACUGAACAAAGCUAAAGAAAAGCAGCGGCCUGUGCGUUGUUGGGUACAAUUAUGUCGGAAAGCUCGCAUGGCACCCGUUUUAAGUUCCUCGACAAAAUGGCCAAAUUGACUGCUGAUAAUAUUGUGCUGUAUUUCUCGCUGCCGACAAUAAGCAUGAUUGAUUCUUAGUUUCAGUGUAAUAUGCUUUUGGUUUCUUCCAUUAGCCCCAAAAUAUCCACCACUGCCAGUGCUGCAUUGUCGGUUCCUGCAGCUGCUCAGGAACAGCUUUGGGUGGACGUACAGCAAGGCAGAAUUUGAACCCGACAAGCAAGUUUCCUUUCAUCACAAGACACUAACAGAUUUACUGAUGGACACCUUCGGUUCCCAAAGAGAUGCAUAUGGCGAGCCUGUGGACCCAGACAGUGGCUACAUGGAGUCCAUCCAUGACGAGCCGGGGCUGCCAGCGACCCGAGAGGUGCCGCCUCAGAGGCCCACGAUGCCCACCGAGGCCGACUUCGAGGCCGCCAUACGUGGCGCGGUCGAAGAGUGCGCAAGGCGGAAGGAUGACAUCUGCGAGCGUCUGCACCUGGACGUGACAAAACCCGACGAUGCCUUCAUCCUUUACAUCUGCUAUGCGCUGGAGAAGAUCCCUCCCCACCUGCAGAGAGCCGCCAAGUUGGAGAUUCUGAGGGUGGUCAACCAAUACAAGAGGAUGGGCGAGGAGUGGUACAGGAUGGCUGAGGAGUAGCG